UAGUGUUUUUUUCGGUGACAAUUAUUUCGUGUUUUUCCGGCUAUUAGUUCGUAAGUUUUACCGGUGAAAUCACUUGUCAAAGGGGCGUAGCACCUGUUUCCAAACCGUUCGGUUUGGACUAAGUUCUAUUUAUAAUCAACUGUUUUAUAAAUAAAUCGCCCUGUGCUUGUAAUACCGUUUAAAUUGCAAUUCCAAGAGUGCUCUUGAAACUGUUUCAACUGCUUGGAAUUUACAACUGAUCUUGCAAGCCUAGCAAGAUCAGUUAAUUCCCCCAUCAGAUCGAUAGAUAAUCAGACGAUUCCGAGGAUUUACACUUCUUGAAAAUUGAUAAAAUAAAGUUUUUCGUUUGUUUCGGUAGAAUUGUAGAUACGGUGCGGGGUCAGGGGAGGGAGGGGAAACGGUGCAAUGCAUUGCCUUAUAUGGUAAUGUUGCUCGUCAUUGGCGUUCCGCAAGCAACGAUACUGCGCUCUGCUGCCUGGUAGGGAUACUGAUUAUACGCUCUUAUAUAUACGGGGUAUUCGAGUUCAGUUACUCAGAUUCGUUGCCGCUACGACCACAGUAAAGGGUGUUGUGUGAUAUUUUGUACAUUUUUACUUUUUAAACUUAAACCAAAUAACUGAACAAAUAUGUGUGACGAAGAAGUAGCCGCCCUCGUCGUCGACAAUGGUUCCGGUAUGUGCAAGGCCGGUUUCGCAGGGGACGAUGCACCCCGUGCCGUCUUUCCAUCCAUCGUCGGCAGGCCCAGACAUCAGGGUGUGAUGGUCGGUAUGGGACAGAAAGACUCCUACGUCGGAGACGAGGCCCAAAGCAAAAGAGGUAUCCUCACCCUGAAAUACCCCAUCGAACACGGUAUCGUCACAAACUGGGACGACAUGGAGAAGAUCUGGCAUCACACCUUCUACAAUGAACUUCGUGUAGCCCCCGAGGAACACCCCGUCCUCCUGACCGAAGCCCCAUUGAACCCCAAGGCCAACAGAGAGAAGAUGACCCAAAUCAUGUUCGAAACCUUCAACACACCAGCCAUGUACGUAGCCAUCCAGGCCGUGCUCUCGCUGUACGCUUCAGGACGUACCACCGGUAUCGUCUUGGACUCCGGUGACGGUGUCUCCCACACAGUACCAAUCUACGAAGGGUACGCCUUGCCACACGCCAUCCUCCGUCUGGACUUGGCCGGUAGAGAUUUGACUGAUUACCUAAUGAAGAUCCUCACCGAACGUGGUUACUCGUUCACAACCACAGCCGAAAGAGAAAUCGUCCGUGAUAUCAAAGAGAAACUGUGCUACGUAGCCCUGGACUUCGAACAAGAAAUGGCAACGGCCGCCAGUUCCAGUUCCCUAGAAAAAUCCUACGAACUUCCCGACGGUCAGGUCAUCACCAUCGGCAACGAGAGGUUCCGUUGUCCAGAAGCCCUCUUCCAGCCUUCCUUCUUGGGUAUGGAAGCCUGCGGUAUCCACGAGACCACCUACAACUCCAUCAUGAAGUGCGACGUGGACAUCCGUAAGGACUUGUACGCCAACACCGUCCUCUCAGGAGGUACCACCAUGUACCCAGGCAUCGCCGACAGGAUGCAGAAGGAGAUCACCGCUCUAGCCCCAUCCACGAUGAAGAUCAAGAUCAUCGCACCACCAGAAAGGAAAUACUCCGUAUGGAUCGGAGGUUCCAUCCUCGCUUCCCUGUCCACCUUCCAACAGAUGUGGAUCUCCAAACAAGAAUACGACGAAUCCGGACCAUCCAUCGUCCAUAGGAAGUGUUUCUAAAUUAUUGAUUAUUUCGUUUCUACAUUCCAUUACUCCGUAUGUUUCACUUCUUGUAUUAUAGCCGCCGAUAGGAUGCCGAUCAACAUCGAUAUUUUUUUUUUUUCGUGAGCUGUCAUGUUAUACAUGAGCGAGUGUAUCUGGAUUUAGGCAACAAGUGACACAUUUUUUCAUGCACUAGGCCAAAGUAUUAUUCUAUCCUUAUUUUGUAAUUUAUUCCAUGUGCAGAUUCAAGACUUUAUUAUUAUUACUUUUAGGCUAAUACUUAUGGGAUAAUAAAUAAAAUUGUAAAACAACUCAUUCUUUUUUAUAUCAAUAAAUUAUUAUUUAAUAUCCUGCCAA